UUUAAGGGCACGUGUAAUAGGACCAAAUGUUUCUUCCUGUGUCUCGCACAGUGUGAAUCGUGAUUCAUCCUGUGGGCCUCAAUUAAUAGGGUACAACGCUGAGAUUAAAUUGAAAGCCUGAACCGCAUUUCAUUCAUGAAUCCGAACGAGAGUCACCUCAAUCUGCGGAGAAUCUCCCCACAUCUCCAUCCACUCUUUGGUUUAUUUUAUAUUUUGUGGAUUCCCUGCAGUCCCCCUCUCGUCUCACACUUAAAGAAAUCUCCGAAUAGUCCGUGUAGGUCUGAGUCUAAUUGACAGUUUCGUUCACGCUCCAGUAUUAAAGCUUUUUGCGCCAAUCCUCUCCCCUUCCCCGUUUUCAUCGCUUUCAUAAUUGCCACCAACAUAAUGACACAGUUGCUGUGGCAACCGUGUCUCUCCGUGUCUCUUUUUUUUUUUUUUUUUUUUCUCCGCUUCGCGCACACGCAAAAAGAAAAAUAACACACACUCUUGGAUCUCGGAGGUCUUCCGCUCAAUAUACCGGCUGCGCUGCAUUUAGCAAGUUUUGCUUCCGUUUUUUAAAUAGAGUUUUUACUUUUUUUUCUUUUUUUUUUAAAGAACGGGAAUCCGACUUUUUUUUUAUAUAUUAGUCACCGAGUUAAAAGAGGGGCAUUAAAUGGAGGGGAGUAGGCUAAAGAUGAGUGCCACCAGUUGAAUGGGUCUAAUGUCCAUCAGCACCGAGCAGAGCGGACUCUCGUCGGGACCGGUCUGACCGACCAAUCACAGCGCUCCCCCGCUGGCAGACCUCCGUGAGGCCGGUCGCAGUUAGACGGCGUGAGCAUCGCUUGGACGCUAUUAAGGCAACAACCUCGGUCAGUUACGGGGAGAAAGUUAAAAUUCCUGAUGGAGGCACAACAAGAGUGAUCGAGAUCUGCAGCGCUUCCGACGAACACGGGCUUUAAAAGAAAAAGAAAAAAAGAAAAAACAGGUGUCACGUCCAGCAACAGUUCAAGCUGUCCUCAUCAUCUCCAGCUACAAUAACAGGCUGCCAUCUGAGAACAGCUGAGAUACAGUGCGCAGGCUCUCCCAGCGCUCCUCUCCAGCAUCAAGCCCCCAGAGCAGCGCACAGAAUUUACAUUCGGCCGACGCGCUCCAGUUUCAGCUGUCGACUCGUAAACCCCCCCCCCCCACCCUCCGAGACCGUUCUGGAAAUCAAGCAGAACACCUAAAGACGACAAGAAGAGAAAUUCUCUCAGCGAACUCUUUGGGAACAUUAGUCAGUGGGAGAACUGCUGCUUUGUGAUUCUUGUUUUUCCUCCACUGAACUCUCCUCAGAAGGUUAGAGGAGCAUGUAACUGAAACAAGUGGAGGCCUCCGUGAUUUCAGCAUUCUGUCUCCCCCAUCUGUGCCUACAUUCUCUGCUACAGAUAGGGACGUUUUGAUAAUUACAUAUAAUUAUAAUUUCUGUGGGAGACAGAUCUGCCUCUGUCUAUUAUUGCCAACACCUCCAACACAAUAACUUCACACAUUUACAUAUUUCUCAACAAAAGUGAUAUUCUUUGAACCUCAGAGACAAAUCAGGAAUAAUUUUACUUGGAGAGACGUGUCACAUGGAGAAGCAAUGUGCCAUUCAGUUGACAUCUAAUUAGAGAUACAGUUGAGUGACACGGGCAACAUUUUGUGCCUAAAAGCUGAACAUUUAAAAAUCAUGACACUUGCCUCAUUUUGCAACGUGUUUCACGGGCCCGGAGUCAUUUAUGUGGUUUGUGCUUACUCCUAAUUUUCGGUUGUUACAGUGUUCUAGCACUUAAGCGGAGUCUUUCUCAUUAUCACCCACAGCCCGGUCGCAGAAACAGUCCGUGCCAGGCGGGUACUGAUGCUCGCCAAUCCAGCCAUAGAAAAAGAUUAAAGUCACGUUCAUGGUGUAGUCUGUGGAUGUAUCUAGAACAAGUUGGAGAAAAUGUUACACUCAGUAAAAACUAGGCCACAUUAAUGGGCUGCGUUCAUCCAAUUGUUUACAAUGCCGAAAAGCGCCAAACACGUGGAAAAAAGACAUAGACGUCGUACAGAAAAACAUCUGCUUACAGAAUAAAUAAGUGCCGAUUCAAAACAGAUCCAGCUGUUUACAUUUGAUCAAACUCGGGCCAUAGCAUCUCGUUCAAGUGCCACGAUCAGCACAGGAAUGUAAAGGAACGCCAUAUUUUAUUGAAAACACUUGCUACAAUUUCUUUCUGAACUUUUGCGAAUAGUAAUCUGAUUUUGUUCAGUAGGUCAUGCAGGAUGAGGCAUCAAGGACAAAAAUAAUGAAGAUUGUUGUUUUCUAUUUGUCCUUCUUACAAAGCCGUGCCCAUUUUACUGAUCUACAUAUGAGACGUGUUUUAGGGUAUGAAGUCAAUACGCCCUCAGAGUCCCUUUCCAGCAGGAAAUAAACCCAUUUUAAUACCACUAUCAUAAAUUAUUAACACCCACAAAAACAUUUGGGUAGUGUUUGUCCGUCAGGCGUCCCAUUUCAUCACCGAGGAUUACUGAAUGAAACUACUGAUACAUCAAUAUCCAGUAGGUUGUACAUGCUACAUGAACACUUCUCACGCCGUUUUAGUGGGUUAAACUGUAAAAGCGGAUACACCAUUGUAACUGCAUUGACUCAACAACAGAAAAUAGAUGUCUUAGUCAUGUAAAAAUGACGCCCACCACCAAUCUCCGAGUCCUCGCUGUCUCCCUUCUCUUCCUCCUUACUGCCCCACUUACCACUGUCAUGGAGACUUCUCCGUUCCCCCCUCCCCAGCACGCAGACCUCUCAGGGAGACCGUUCACAGAGCAGCCCAAGACCGGCUCCAGCCCCUCUCUCCUGCUCUUUGCCAUCCAGGCCAACCUCAGGCCAGCCGCUCUCCAGGGCAGGACCAAAACCCCCGAGAAACUCCCAGAAACCUCCGAGGGGGUUCUGGAGACGCCUCCGAGACCCCUGCCCCAGGUCAUGUUCCCCAAGAAUGUAACUUCGUCAGAGGCCCUCGCGCCUCCCUUAGGUGCGGCCCAGGUAGCGCCCAUUCCCCCGCGCUUCAUGGAUGGAUGGAUGGAUGUAUGCAGGGGUUACUAUGACGUGAUGGGACACUUUGACAGCGCUUUCAACUGCUCCAAGGACACUUUUAUCUACUGCUGUGGAACGUGCCACUAUCGCUUCUGCUGUCCGGAGAGAAGCCGCCAACUAGAGCAAGAAAGCUGCAAAAACUAUGACUCUCCAGACUGGGCCAAGCCGCAGACAGACACCAUAAACAUACAAGAGGAUAUGGGUCCUGACCCAGACUUUGAUCCGCUGAAGCAGCAGAGUCACAACACGGGCUUUGUCAUUGGGGGAGUGAUAGUGUUCAUGGUGGCUGUCGCUGUGGGCAUCAAGGUGGUCUUCAACAAGGUGCAACAGGAAGCCCACCAGAGGGACCUAAACAUGCCCAGAGCCCUGGUCGACAUGUUGCGGCACCAGUCGAGUCCGGUCCAGCAGGAUGAGAGAAACAACAGCGUGGCUCUGGCUGUAGGGGAUGGACAGGGGACACUGGGGAGAGCUCCAAAAAAUCUCUACGCCCCAGGACUCCCCAGCAAGGACAACAGAUUGGGCAAUUUGCAACACAAUUUCAUCCACUCAUCAGGCUCCAGCCCGAAACACACAGCAACUAUCGAACGCACCCCUCGGAUGAACAAUGCUCAGCUGGCGGCUGGAGGCACCCUGCUUUCUAGUAAGCACAACAACACCAAAUCCCAGCCUUCUUUCCACCACUCCCUGCACAACCUGGCCCAGCUGCCGCCCUCCUAUGAGAGCGCCACCAAGCCCGAGCUCAACAGAUACUCCUCACUCAAACGCCUCGAGAAAGGUCUUGAUGAGUACUCCUCUGGUUACUGCACCACCAAGCGCCGGCCUCACACAGCCCAGCCGGCCCUCCAGUCCUCCCAGCACCACCUCCACUGGGGGGGAGACUACACCCUCAGCGGGAGAGGGACCCUCCCCAGGCACGCCGCACGUCCCUGGAUCCCACCACCACCUUCCGGCAUCCCCGCUUCGCCCACUCCCAAUCCUUACCCUCUGGAUCCCCCAGAGCCCCAGUACAACCCCAACUACGACACCCUCUCCAAGCCGAGAAAAGUCAAGUCCAGUGACCAGCUGCUCAACAUGGGCGACGUCCCUGGCAACACAGGGACCCUGUCCCGGCUCUCCAAGAACCAGCAGCACCAGUACUACAAAGCCAUGGCUGCUUCCAAUAAGAACUCCAACACACAGACCCUCACCAGGAAGACCCAGGACAGGCAGGACAGGCAGGACAGGCGAGGCGAGGAGAGGCGAGAGGAGCGGCUGCUCAUGUCCCCGGACCACCUGGAGGAGAGGAUGGGCGUCGGCGGGAUGGGCGUCGUAGAUCCGUACGCCCAUACGGGAGGGAUCGUCCCCACGCUGCCCCGCCAGCAGAAGGCCCAGUCCCAGCAGAACGUCUGCGCCACCCCCUCCCUCGACCGGCACCACAUGAUCAAGAUGAACUCUCACCCCACGUCCGGGCGGGAGCAGGAGAGGAGCACGGGAAUGACGGGGCACAUGAGCGGGGGCAUGGGCUGGGCGGGGGAGAUGCCCGGGGCCGGGGUAGUCAUGGGAACGGGAACACUAGGGGGCCACAGCGCGAGGAGGAUGGCUUUUGCAGCGAAAAGGCAGAACACCAUUGAGCAGCUACAUUUCAUACCGGGAGGGGGCGGAGGGGGGUCCGCGGGAAGUGGAGGGGGUAGUCAGGGGAUCAGGACAGGGAGUAAAAAUGAGGUAACGGUGUGAGGUCUGUGCCUAAUGUAGAGUUUACACCUCAUCACAGCUAUGGGAAUAGAUCACCCUUCUGCAUUUAACCAUUAGAUAAACAGCUACAAGAAAUAAAACUAGAAGUAUAAAGUAUAGUAAGAGUAUAAUGUGUUUAGGCUAUUCAGAUUAGUGUUAUCUUGUAAUUAAAUCGCUUGAAUAUGACUACUUAUAUUAAAUUAAAAACCUAGGAACAUCUGUUACAGUUAUGUGAUAGCCUACAUCAGCCAUAUUUUGUAACAGAAUUUGCCAUAUUGCCAUAUACAGCGGUGCCAUUACUUGUAGAGAGACUGACUGGAAGGGUGAAACAAAACCAACAGAAGAGUCGUUCAUAAUUUAGUUUUUAUAUAUGUUUUUCAAAAAGUACUCAGGAGCCAUAUUAGAUAGGGAAUCAGACUAUGUGAAAAAAAAAAAAGGUUCGCUGAAGCGGAGGACCGUGUGGAAUAUUACAUCUCAGAACUUCAGAGAACUGAGCCAACUACCUGGACCGUCGAUCCGCUCAACCCCUGCCGACAACUAUUUAUUAAACUGAAUCUCGCGGGUGAAGAGCCCCCGUGGACCAGACGAGUCCGUGUGAACUGUGUGCCUGGGGAGGGAUUUUGACGAUGUUACCCUCCGCCGAACCAACCUCAUCCUGGCACGGGGAGACGUAACUGAUUUUUGUUGCUUCCUAUGACGCUGAGACAAAGUGGGGGCUGUGUCUGACUGAGACUCGGCAGCCCGACACUGUUGGCCGGACUCCACGCCUUGAUUCAAACUGCGGACGUACCCACAUUACCAAUCUGAUGCCUGGGCUGCCUAGUUUUCCAUGUGACCUUAGAUGAAAUCCCCAGAAGAACUCGCGCUCUGAUCACUGUUACACUACAGGAGCAUAAGCUGGUGUUAGCUUACGUUACGGGUGAGUUUCCCCUAAUGUUCCCACCGAUACAUCAAGACCUACCUGUAAAAACUAUGGGCUACCAAAUGACACAGAGCCAUCGCAGUAUUACAAAAACAUCUCGACACAAAUUUACAAAAUGAAGAGAUAGUGAAACAGAAGUAUAUGUUAAGUUUACUAAUAGAGAGAGAGAGGGAGGCAACUUGCUUUAAGUUGUAUGCCAGGAGCAGAGGUUUUUCUACAGAGCACAAACGAAUAAACCAUGACGCAGAGGUUGCACUUACACAACUGUCCUUCAAAGCCAUUUAUGGAGAUACAAAGAAAAAUACCACAGAGCAAGCUGGUCUGACAAUCACCAUUUUAUUAUUAUCGCCAGGUGACAAAUUAUACGAGUCAGUGAUAUUUUGUACAGUCAAGCGGAUUGGCUUCGGAGCAAGCCAAAAACCUCUGAGUCAGGAGCGAGGGCGACCCGAGGCCUUCUCCUGAGCGGCUCCACGCGCCGCAAGAGACUCGGAUGGUUAGGAAGCCCUUCCCAUCCUCAAGACAAAGACCUUGCUGUAUCAUAACGCAGUUCAGCCAGUACGAGUAAAAAUAUAAAAAGAAAAACAGAAAAGAGGAAAAAAUGAAAAAAAAAAAAAAAUCUUCAUCAAUAACAACGCUUAUCAAUACUAAGGGCUAUCCUAUCCUAUAUACUGUAGUAUGUGAUAUCUGUGCUCCAUAUAAAAUGCUAUCUCUUUCUAUUGAUUUUGUGUUGAUAUUGUCAUGAUGUAUUAAGUAUUAAUGUGUACAAAAAACAAGAGCAAUUUAAGCACAGUUCAAAGAGAAACACGGAGACAAAACUUUGCACAAAUCUACCCCCUGAUAUUUGCACCAGAUACAAACAUACUUUGUAUCACGUCCUCAAGGUUUACAUUCUGUACGAGCAUGGCCGAAAGUGCGACUGAUCAACGGAAGGUAUUGCACCGAGAGAGGAUGCCUUUUUUUUCUUCUUUUUCUUUUUUUUUUAUCAACAGAAAUGAGACGUAAAGACGCAGACGAAAGGAAGGAACUGCUUGGUUUUUGUUCAGUCGUGUGAAAGGAUACAGAGACGAAAUGCUGAUAAACAGAAACACGGAUUUCAUUUGGACAAUCUUCCUAUACACAGUGCUAAAUGUAGUUGUUAUGAAUAUGAUGGAGUGUUAUUAUUAAUAAUUAUUAUAACUGUUAUGGUUAUUCUUAACAAUUAUCUUAUGGUGUGAUGUUCUUUUACUUGGUGGGAUUUUAAGUGUUUAUUGUUUUUAGGUAACUAGCAUUCUCAUGACUAGUUGGUUUUUCAUACAUCUGGUCAUAAAUUUUUAAAACAUUCCAAAUCUUGAUGCAUGCCAGCUCCAUUUCAUUGAGAGGCAUUUACAGUAUGUCUGGAUUUUACGGUCACGAAUGCUCAAAUGGCCGACUUUCCAGCUGUGUGUACUGUGCCUAGACAUCGGCCUUAUACGACUUCUUGAUCUCAAGUGAUUAUUUAGGUUUCCACUCUGGUACAAAAACAUGGAUUGAUAAAAAUCUGCAGCCUUUCUAUGAGUUCGAUGAUGGUGAUUAAACGGGGAUAGAUGAGCCUGGGAUGGGCCUGAAGUUAUUAACGUCACAGACGGUCUGUUGUCUCCACUGCAGCAGCCUGACCCACUAAUUUAUUAUGGGGUGUACACGCUAAAACCCAUGAUGCCAUAAUGUAUGUAUGUUUUAUAUGAAUGUUUAUAACACGAGUCGGGGAAGGAAAGGGGUCUAACGGAAACCUGAAUGCUUUGAGCGGAGUGUCUUUUUCAGGGAAAAUGGAUAGAUGACAUACAGUAGUACUAGAUUUUUUAAAUAGAGCCACAAAAGGUCUGUAGCAAAGUCUGUAAAAUCUCACAAGCCAUAUCCAUUGAAACUCAUUAUCACACUUUUAUAAAUGGUUAAUCUAAUUUGUGCAAGUAUUGUAUUUUGUAUAGCUAGUACAAUCAGAAUAUUUUGAGUGAUCUCUUCGACAUUAAUUUGAGGAUUCAAAAAAAAUAAUAAUUAUGUGUUAGUAUUUAAUGAAUUGUACAGUGCCAAACUCAUAACAUUUUGUUGUCUUUUUAUCGUCACAGCCUCCUAGAUGGCUACAGGGGUUAUUUCUCCUUCACGGCCGAGAACUAAUACCGGGCAGUUAAGCUGAAAAACAGAAAGAAGGAGAAGCUAGUUCUCAGAAAGAAAUGAAUGAAUAUGGUGUAUGUUUUUACCAUUAUGAAUUCAUUUAGGUUGAAGACGGUUAAUGGCCACCUGAAAUGGACAGGGACAGUGUCCAGUAAUGAGAAUUCAUGGAUUUAUUUUCAUGCCUAUAAAUUUCAAAGCAACCCUUUUGCUAUUGUUAAAUCCAUUGAUCCCCUUGGAUACAACAGUAACUUAUAAAGAAUUUGUAUAAUAAAGUUGGUGGAAAAAAACCCAAAA